CCCAAACGGAUCCACCCUUGACACGGCGCAUCAAAAUGUAGAACUGAAGACCUCACGCUGUCGUGAUUUACGGCCUCAUUCAUCCGCCGUACCAGUACAAUGUUCUUCCAGAGUCGUUUGAGACGUUCAAUGUAAUUGCCCAAUGCGUCUUAUUGCGCCAUUCAAAUGUGAUGCUCAUAUUCCUGAUGCAGCCCCUACAAAACUCCAGGCAGAGAGCUGGUUGCACUUCAUAUUGCAGUGAUCAAGGUUAAUCGGCGCACUUGAGCUCCAGCUGACUUCCUCUAAGCGCCUCCCUGAAGCCGGCCAGUGGCGACAACUACUUGGACCUGCUUCCGUCAGCAUCAUCAGCAGGCGCUGCUUUAAGGAUCAGGUACUGGCAAUCUUCUUAGCUCUCAGUCGUCUCUGAGACGUCUCCCUAAUCCAGCUCGACGUUCCCCAGUAAGCGGGCAGCGCCAUAUUUGAACUUCAAUUGGCGGUGUUCUGCAGGAUAACCCGCAACCGGACGACCAACCAACACUCAUGGAUGCGGGUCAGGAUUUCAACCCGCCCGCCGAGGUCAAGCGACAAACCCGGGCCCCAACAGAAGCCAAACCAACGGUCGGGGUUAAGCCGCUAACCGGCGGUCAGUUCAAACCUCUGGAGGUGGUUAUCUCGGGGGCCGGCCCGGCGGGGCUGCUGCUCGCGCACUAUCUGCUGGAGAAGGGCGGGGGCCGCUUUCGGGUGUCGCUUUUUGACUGGAGGGACGACCCGAGGAGGGCCCGGGACAGCACCGACCCCGGCAUUCGCAGGUACUCCAUCGGCCUUGGCAUGCGCGGCGCAGCCGCGAUCGCGCCAAUCCCCGGGCUGUGGGGCGCGCUCCAGGCCGCGGGCACCCCGGUGACCGCAUUCACAUUCACCAUGUUCGGGCGCUCGUUCACACUGAGAAUGCCCCCAGAGUGGAACCCGCCCCUGGCGAUCGACCGCAUGGAGCUGUGCGCGGGGCUGCUGGAGGAACUGCUCGGGAGACACGCCCCGGGCGGAUCGAGCGACCUGCUGAGUGUCACUUUCGACGCGCGCUGCACCGGCGCCGAUCUGCGCGGCCACGUGGCAACGUUUGAGGACGCCUCAGGCGCCAAGAGCGAGACGCGGCAGGUGCCGUACGACCUGCUCGUGGGCGCGGACGGCGUGCGCUCGCGCGUGCGCCUCGCGAUGAUGGAGCAGACCUGGGGCUUCGACGUCGAGCAGAGGACCAUCGACAUCGCGACCGUGAUCACCUACAUUCAGGCCCCCGAGGGGAUCAUCCCGGGCACUAUCCUUCGCAUUCCCGCGCUGCCGAAAUGCAAGAACCUGGGGGUGUUCCUCUUCCCGGGCACCAAGGACCGGCUGUGCCUCACGAUGGGCUGGUCCGACACGUGUCCGCCCGAGGAGUGGCUGAGCAUCAAAGACGCGAAGGAAGCGAAAGCGUUCCUGGACUCGCAGAUCCCGUGGAUGAAGGACGUUUCGGAGGAAGCUGUUGAGGACCUGCGCGCUCAGACGCCCUUCCUGACGACUGUGGUGAAGUGCAGUCGCUACCACGACGCCGCGGCCGCGGUCGCGCUGCUGGGCGACGCGGCGCACGCGACGCCGCCGUUCAUCGGCCAGGGCUGCAACGUGGCGCUCGAGGACGCAGCCACGCUCGCGCACCUCCUCCUGCGCGCCGCGGGCGUUAACGCGGACGACGAGACCGCUCUCCGCCUGGCAAAGCUCGAGCCCCUGAAGGAUCUCGACGCGCCCGCGACCACGCGCGAGCAGGCGCGCGCGCGCCUGCCGGCCGCGCUCGAGGUUUACUCGGCUCUGCGCGUCCCGGAGGGGCACGCGCUCGUGGACCUGUCCGAGAGCCGCGCCGCCUUCUCGACGUCCGCGCGCGUCCGCAUGGCCGUCCGCGAAAUCUGGAAGAACUUCCUGCUCUUCGCGUCCCGCGGCUUCUUCCGCGGCCCCGUGCGGUCGCAGGCCGGCGGAACGACCGAUCCGCUGGCAGAAAUCUUGGAGCGGAACAAGGGCGAGGUGCGGAGCGUGCUGGACUCCAACAAGCGCAUCAGGGAGGAGUGGCUCAAGAAACAGAGGGAGAAGAAAAUGAAAGCGGGGCUCGCGGUCCUGGUCGACCAAGAAGCCUGAUCAGCUCAUAUGAUGAAUCGAUGAAUGAAUCAAUCAUUGAACUAACUAGGUUUAGGGGUCAAGGGGUUUUGCCAGUACUUAUCAGGGGCGGAUCGCUAGAGGGUCUAGCGCUUGGUUCAGCAUUUCGAAGUUCCUAGCUAGGGUCUCGAGGGCAUAUAUAGGAUCUUAGACCUGUUGUGAGUUUCUUAGUCCAUCUGCAUGCGGUAAUUUGGAAAGGAGGUCAAUUUGAUUGAUUGCUUCAAACCUGAGCACCAGGGAGUGGGCGCUGCCAGACGCGCUGCCACGGCGGGCCCCACUCUGGAUGACGGGAUCGAUAGACAGGCCACUCCAGGGUGCGUCUUUGUGAAGCAGCUAUAUAGUCGGCUGCAGUGAUAAAUCAGGCAACUUUUGAGCCUAAUAACCAUUUUCUGAAUGGCGCGAUGCAAUCGAUCAGUGCCAGCGAGUCCCGCGGCCGUGCCCUUAAUCAACGUGCGUAUACUUGGAUAUAAUAGAAGUAUGAUCGACUUAAUUUGGAUGUUUGCCUGCAAAUUAACCAAAACAUUAAACGCG